AUGCUAUCAAACAGGAGUUUAUUUGCAAUUUCGGUAAGUUUAUUGUUUUUUUCAUUUUACCAGAGAAAAACUGGUUUUUGUGUUGUCAAAAAAUCCAUAAUUUCAUUGGUUUUCAAUUUUCAGAGUUGUAUCUUAUUAUUGCUCAUAUUAUUUGUCAAUGCGCGUCAACCAACUGUAUCGAAAAAAUCGAAACUUUGUGGAAAUGUGAAUUGCGAUGAGGUGCUUUUCAAAACACGGGUCAAACGUGUUAUGGGUAUUAACAAUGAUCCAAAUUUCCUGAAACUAUUUGAUGGAGCGAUUAUUGAUGUAACUUCUGUCAAAUUUAGUGAUCGUUAUGAUAUUAUGGAGGGUAGAAUUGGAGAUUCACGCGGGUUUUUCUACGCCGGUGCUAUUGAUGUUGCACCAUAUGCCGAGUUUUUGAGAACCGCUAUAGUUGAUAAGAAAGAAAUGCAAAUUAUCAGUCAAGAUCCAUCAGAUAUCGGAGAGAAGAAAAUCAUCGGAGUAGUUCAUUCAGAAACUGAUUUGGUUCGAGAUUAUAACGCUAAAGCUGUUGAUGUUGCAAGAGAACUUGGUUUACCACCUCCAGAGCUUUUCGAAAUCCCUGAACCAAAAGAUGAUAGUGGUCACGGACAUAGCCACGGGGGACACGGACAUAGCCACGGGGGACAUGGGCAUAGCCACGAUAAACCAGCUGAAACUGUGAAACCUGCUGAACCUGUUAAAGUAAUUGCUGAACCAGUUGUUGUUACAACCACUCCUGCUCCAGUCGCUGCUCAAGAAGCUCAACCUGUUAUAAACCUCAAUAAUGUUCUUGGAACACCGCCAACAACAGGAGAAGCUGCAGCAAUUGAAGAUGCGAUGGAAAAGUUUAUUCGAGAGGAUGAGGAGAGACAGAAAAGACAAGCUGAAUUGAAGACUGAACCAGUCGUUGCUGUAGCUGAAGCAACUCCAGAUGUGGCUGCUACAGAAGUUCCAGAAGUUGUCCCAGCUCCAACAACACCAGCACCAAUUGAAACUAUCGAACUUCCAAUAACUACUCCAGCACCAGUUGUUGAAGAUGUUCCAGUUCCAGUGCAAGAAGUAACACCAGCUCCAAUUGAAACAAUUGUUGAAGUAACUCCAGCGCCAGAAGAAGUUAUCACACCACAAUCAGUUGCUGAAAUUCCACCUCCACCAGUUCAAGAUAUUGUAACUCAACCACCAGUUAUAAUUGAACAACCAGUCGAAGUAACACCAGCCCCAAUCGAGGUUGUCCCAGAAGUUGUUACAACUCCACAGCCACCAUUGGAUAUUGUUUUGCCUGAAAUUACAUUGCCAGUUGAAGAAGUUGUUGCUCCAAAAGAGGAAUUGGUGAGUUUUUUUUGGGAUUUUUUUGUUUUGUUUCCUAACCCUUUUGUCUUUCGUCGAGUUCCUUUUUUGUUAAGGGUACUUGCUACAAGGAUGAAUGCGAAGGAUUACAGAACACUCAACCACCUCCGCCUCCUCCACCGCCAGCACCAAUUCAAGAAGAACCUGUGGUUCAGGUAACGCAACAACAACAAAGUCAAGAAGAUGCUGAUUUUGCGAAAUGGGAAGCUGAAAGAGCAGCUGCAUCGAAACCAAUUGAAGAGAGAACCAAUUAUUCGCAUCAAGAUAUUGGAGGUGAGAUUGAAGGUUUUUAAUCUGAGUUCACAGUAAUUUCAAGAUUCAGUAAAUGUUAAUUUUUUUUUGACGUAAAAAUAGCCCAAAGUCUUCUUGUCAACUGAAAAUCUAUCUAAUUAAAUUUGCAGUCCCUCCAACUUCAUCUGGUCUUAUCGAAUUCAUCCGUUCUACUUUUGCUCUCGGAAACAUUACUGAUGCAAGCAUUGCUUUCUAUGUUAAUAUCACUUUCGUCUUGGCUUCCCUGGUUAUUUAUCUCGUUAUCCAUACUCUUUCUUCAUCUUCGGAACCUGACAAAUUCGAUCGGCUGGCUUAUUUCAAUUUGACAACAAAACAUAAAGAAUUAGAAUUGAAGUUGAAAGCGGCUGAAGCGAAAGUUGGAGCUGGAAUUCAACAAGUUGCUGCUCCACAAAAUGAUCAAGAAUUGAUUGCGUUGAGACAUCAGUAGGUUUUAUUUUGAAAAAUAAUUAACUGUUCAAAUUUUUUUAGACAUUCCCAACUUGCUUCCGAACUUCAAUUAGUUCAAUCUCAACGUGCUGAAUUCGAACAUCAUAUGAAUCAAUGGAAAGUAUCUUCUGAUGAAAAACAACAAGAAAUUGAAAGAUUGGUGGGAGUUGUUGCUGAAUUUGAGCAAAAAUUGGAGAGAACUUCGUAUGGUGGACAAGAAACUGCGAGAGAAUUGGAUUCCAUUCGAGCACAACUCAAUGGUAAUUUUUUGAAAUUCUUAAAAAUAUCUAAAAAUAGCAUCUAUUUCUUCUAGAAUCUCAACAAAUAGUGUUACUUCGUCAACAAGAAUUGAAUGAUUUGAAAUAUGAAAAAGACGAAUAUCAACAGAAAUAUGAGCAAGAAUUGGAGAAUUUGAGAAAAAUUCAAUUGAGAAUUGACGAAGUUCAACAAAUCAACAAUGAUCUUGAGAGCGAAUUGAAACACGCAAAAACUGAAAAUUCUAGCCUCAUGGAAGUUAUCCAACAAUAUGAGAAAAAUCAGAAUGAAGGAGGAUCUGCUGGAGCAGAAUCUGGAGGAUCUGGAUGGUCUGAUUUUGGAGAUAAUGAUGAUGAGAUUGAAGAAAAUAAAAAAGAAGAGAAAACACCGGAAAGUUCGCAAAUUGAAAUUGUUCGGAGUAAUAUUGAAAUAGUUGAAUUAAAUAAGAGGAUUGUGGAUUUAGAGAAGGAAUAUGUGAAAUAUCGAGCACUUUAUGAAAAAGAAGAAAGAUUGAAAAUUGAAAGAGAGAAUAACUCGAAGAAUUCGGAGAAAAAGAUUGAGGAAUUAGAAGCGGAAAAGAAAGAAUCGGCUGAAAGAAUGAAUGAAAUGUUGAAAAUGUUGAAUCAAAGUAUGAAUAAAUCAUCGGAAGUUGAUAAAAUUAUAAGUACUUUGAGAGAAGAAGGUUUUGCAAAAGAUAAACAAUUAUUGGAAAAUGAUGUGACAACAAGGAAAAAGGAUGAUAAGAUUCGAGAAAUUGAAUCAGAAUUGAAACGAUUGCAAAAAGAAUAUACAAAAUUGGAGACGAAGAGCUUCCAUGAUGUGAUGCAAUUGAAAAAGAAGUUGGAUGAUUUACAAACAACACAAAUAUUGGGAGGAUUGGCUAACUCGUCUGCAAUUAUUGCCGGCGGAGGUGCUGAUUUUGGUGGAGGAAUUAUUGGAGGAAUUGGAGGACAAGAGAGAUUAGGAUCUCCGUUGGAUAAUCCAAUUUGGGACGAACCUGUAUAUCCACCACAGGGUGGACGGUUAGUUUUUUUCUUAAUUUUAUAUGGCACUUUUUCGGAUAAUGCUGAAAUUGGAGCCGAGUUUUAGAGAACAUUAAAAAAAUGAGUCAUAAGACUAGAUUUUUCGAGAAAAUUAGCUAAAUAUGAAGAUUUUGUUGCUUUGGUUUCAAAGAUUGGCUCCAUGUUACUUUUUCUCCCCAAAAAACCCACCAAACAAUCUGAUUUUUUUGCAGUCAACAAAUGUUAGGUCAACAAGAAGAUUACUUCUCAUCUGGAAGUAUGACUCUUCCGACGAAAAAACGAACAAGUCGUCGAUCUGCAAUGGGUGAACAAUUGGAAACAACAAACGAAAAAUCGAGUGGAACGAAAUCGAAAAAAGAGCAUAGUGGAAAUGUAGCUGGAAGUGGUGGAGCGGCUGGAAGUUCAUCGACUCAUCGAAGAAGAUCAAGAAGUCAUGGAAGACAAUCGCAAGUUUAUAAUGAUCCUUUUGCACCAGUUAUGUCGUAUGGAUCAUCGGAUUCGAGUUUUAUGUCGCAUCAAGCGCCUGGGUAUGUUUUUUUUUGGUGAACAUACAAAUAUUUGAUUUGAAAGUUCUAUGAAAUUUCUGAAAAUUCGAAAUUCGUUUCAAAACUUUUUAAAACCCUUGAUUCUAGUUCCCUCAAGCUACAAAACAUUUCCCCAUUUUUUUUCCAGAUUUGCUCCAUUAACCGGUCGACACAGUAAAAGUGGUCAUCUACAUUAUUCGUCAGGUGGUUCAAAUGGUGGUCGAAGUCCUCCACCAGAAAUGCCACUUUUAAGUGCAAUUCCACCCCCAGGUGUUAGAAAACCACCAAGUAAAAGAUUGGGUUAG